CUCUGCAUCUUUACAAACCACUAUCCAAACUUUAAGAAUAUUUCUCCACCGUCUGUCUUGUUGAGAUCAAUGGCUGAGAGUGUCGUUCUCUUGGACUUCUUGAUCAGUUGUUUUGGGCUGAGGGUCCGAAUCGCAUUAGCUGAGAAGGGCGUGGAAUACGAAUACAACGAACAGGAUCUUUCCAGCAAGAGCCCUCUCCUCCUUCAAUCUAAUCCCAUCCACAAGAAGAUCCCUGUCCUCAUCCACAACGGAAGGCCCAUCUGUGAAUCCCUUAUCAUCGUCGAAUACAUUGAUGAGGUAUGGACGGACAGAUCACCGUUGUUGCCCAAAGAUCCUUACCAACGGGCCAACGCCAGGUUUUGGGCUGACUACAUAGACAAGAAGAUAUAUCCAAGUGCGUCAGGAAUACUUAAGAAUAUUAAUAAAGGCGAAGCUCAAGAAGCAUCAAAGAAGGAAUUGAUGGAGUGCUUAAAAUUGCUGGAAGGCCAGCUCAAAGAGAAGCCAUUCUUCGGGGGUGAUACCUUUGGAUUUGUGGAUAUUGCCCUCAUUACCUUUUCGGGUUGGUUUCACAUCUACAAGACUUAUGGGUAUUUAAAUGUGGAGGAGGAAUGCCCAAAGCUGAUGGCGUGGGUGAAGAGGUGCAUGGAGAAGGAGAGUGUGUCGAAGACUCUUCCGGACACAACCAAGCUCUGUGACCAUGUAGAGUCCAUGAAGAAGAAAUUAGAGAGUCAGUAGGAGUGGAGGAUUAAAAAGAGAACAGAAGGCUUUUAUAAAAUAGCAUUUGAGAUAGAGACUUGUUUUACCUGAUCUAUAUCUUUGGUUAUGCUUAGUGUUUUUUUUUUUUUUUCAAUCCAUCCAUUGACUAAGUGAUGAUCAAAUGGUUCUUAUUUAGAGAACCUUUGGUUCAUGUUAUUCCGUGUAAUAGAAAUAAUUAGAGUUUGCAUUUCAGGGAUGAGGAAUCUAUUUAUAUUUGCAUUUA